AUGUCUUUAUUUGCUGAUUUCCCUGACUUGGGCGGACCUUAUUCAGUAGGCUGCCAUGAUCUCGAAUGGCAUGUUGGCAGCAAAAAAGGACCCCAAAGCUUUCCAGUAUCCUCACUCCUCAUCCGCCUAUUCUACCCCGCAAACGUAACAAAGCAUGAUCGACGAGCUUGUUGGGUAUCAAAUCAAGAAUACGCAAGAGCAUUAUGUAAAGAUGUAGCACACAUGCCAGGCAUUGUAGCGGACUGGUUAUCGGCACUGGCAAAACGCAUCAAAAUCCGUGCAUCUGCUGAUGCUGCUCUUUUAAAGCCUCCCAAAAACACCUCUGGUUACCCUAUCAUCAUUUUCAGCCAUGGUCUUGGUGGUAAUAGGCAUCUUUAUUCUUCGUUUUGUUCAAGCAUGGCGAGCUAUGGGUUUGUAGUGGCAGCGAUUGAACAUCGAGAUGGCUCUGGUAGCCUUGCCAAAGGACGUGGAGAAGAUGAUUGGAUACGAUAUGAUGGGCUGCCACCUGAAGUGUGGGAUUAUCGACAUGUACAAUUGCAACGACGCUUGGCUGAGGUGCAACUUUGCGUGGAUGCAAUGGAACGCUUAAACUUGGGAACAAUGAAACAAUCCAAGGCAACCAGUGGGUUUCGUGGUUCGCUUGAUUUGGAUUCGAUGGUGAUGGCGGGUCAUAGCUUUGGUGCAGCAACUGCGAUACUUGCGUUGAAUCAUCCAAAAACACAAUUCAAAUGUGGGAUUUUAUUGGACCCAUGGACACAACCUUUGGUGAUGAUGGAUCGUCUUUGCACCAUUUAUCGACCCGUUCUUGCCAUUUUAAGCGAACAAUUUGCCUUUUGGCCAGAUAACUUUGAUACAGUACAAGAGCUAAUGCAAUCAUCACCUUGCUGUAACCAAUCCAUAUGCUUCUCAUUGACUGGCACGGCGCACACACAUCAAUCUGACGUUAUGCUGGUUCUUCGACAUCUUAUUCGAUUUGAUUUUCGAUCCCCCUUUCAGAUUGAUCCAGCACUGGCGAUUGAUUUGAACUCGAAAGCAGCAGUUGCGUUCAUUCGGCAUGCAUUAGCACCGGAAGCUAGUGGAAAGCUCGAUCUGCAUCAAGAUGUUUUAUCCUAUUAUAAGCAAUACCCCAAUCACAUUGUAGUCCAUGUCCCCUAUUUGUCUACCCCUAGAGAUCUCGAACGCUUCAGCCCUUCUAUACAUGAAGAAGAUGAAAAAGUAUAA